CCCACAGUAACAUUUCCUUGCUGGCUGCUUGCAGGUUUUCCAUAAAUUCAUCAUGACAAGAAUAACCGACUGAUUCUUUAUUUUUAGGAUUUUUUUGGUGAACACGUGUAUAGCGGUGGGUCUGUGCAGAAGAACCGAGAUGCUCUCCAAAAAGCUCCCCCUGACUCCUUGCACUCCCGUGGAGGCUGAUUCUCCUUAUUUCUGGACUGGAGAGAUGGAGAAAGUGCUCAGUUAAGGAGGCUCAGUGGCUGUCAUGGCUGAAAGGUCAAACUUUGGGAGCCAGAAAGUCUCCCGGCCUCAGGGCUCCCUUCCGCCCGAGCCCAUUGACAUCAUCCGAAUCAAAGCGCGCUCCAGAAGAGUCCGGAUCAAUGUAGGCGGCCUGGUCCACGAGGUCCUGUGGCGGACUUUGGACCGCCUGCCUCGCACAAGACUCGGAAAGCUGAGAGACUGCAACACCCACGACACCUUAAUGGAGAUCUGUGACGACUACAGCCUCAACGAGAACGAGUACUUCUUCGACAGACACCCAGGUGCCUUCUCCUCCAUCUUGAACUUUUACCGGACGGGCAAGCUGCACAUGAUGGAGGAGAUGUGUGCGCUGUCGUUCGGCCAGGAGCUUGACUACUGGGGCAUCGAUGAGAUCUACUUGGAGUCAUGCUGCCAGGCACGCUAUCACCAGAAGAAAGAGCAGAUGAAUGAGGAGCUGAGGCGCGAGGCUGAGACGCUGAGGGAGAAGGAGGGGGACGAGCUGGAUACGGGAUGCUGCCCGGAUAAGAGGAAGAAGCUGUGGGACCUGCUGGAGAAACCCAGCUCUUCUGUGGCUGCGAAGAUCCUGGCAAUAAUUUCCAUCCUGUUCAUCAUCCUGUCCACCAUCGCCCUGUCACUGAACACCUUACCCGAGUUACAAGUCAUCGACGAGUACGGACAGUCGAAUGACAACCCGAACCUUGCCCACGUAGAAGCUGUGUGCAUAGCAUGGUUCACCAUGGAGUACCUUCUGCGGUUUCUGUCUUCGCCCAACAAGUGGAAGUUCUUCAAAGGCCCUCUGAAUGUCAUCGAUCUAUUGGCCAUACUUCCCUACUAUAUCACCAUAUUUCUCACAGAGUCCAAUAAGAGCGUUCUCCAGUUCCAGAACGUACGCAGGGUGGUCCAGAUAUUUCGGAUCAUGAGAAUACUCAGGAUCCUGAAACUGGCCAGACACUCCACAGGCCUUCAGUCACUGGGCUUCACACUCAGGAGGAGCUAUAAUGAACUGGGCUUGCUAAUCUUGUUCUUAGCAAUGGGAAUCAUGAUCUUCUCCAGUCUGGUGUUCUUUGCUGAGAAAGAUGAAGAUGCCACCAAAUUUACCAGCAUUCCAGCAUCCUUCUGGUGGGCCACAAUUACAAUGACAACGGUGGGUUAUGGAGAUAUCUAUCCACAAACCCUUUUGGGUAAAAUUGUAGGUGGGCUUUGCUGUAUCGCUGGUGUUCUUGUGAUCGCCUUGCCAAUUCCCAUCAUUGUGAACAACUUCUCAGAGUUCUACAAAGAGCAGAAGAGGCAGGAGAAAGCCAUCAAGCGUAGAGAAGCUUUGGAAAGGGCAAGGCGGAAUGGCAGCAUUGUAUCAAUGAAUAUGAAGGAUUCCUUUGUGCGUCACAUGGAAUUGGUGGACGUUGUGAUUGAGAAGAAUGAAGAGAAGCCCUCAGACAACCACCUUUCUCCAAGUCGAUGGGCCUAUCAGAAAAGUCCAAGCACUGCCACCAAAUCCUACGAGCCUAAAUAUCAGGAAGUGAUGCAGUUAAGGUCUCCAGAGAAAGUGAUCAAGCCAUGCUCGAGUCCUCAACGGUUAAACGCAAAAUCUCUGGAGCAAAUGUAUAACCAAAUGGCAAUGCCUCCCAGUGCAUCGGCUCCGAAAGAAGGCAACAGGAUUGGAAGGGAGGAGAGUCUGGAGAUGAAGGUGGUUCAGUCUGACCCAUCAACGAAAGAUCGUUCUGUUACUGAGAUCAGAAGUGUGUCAAGCAUCGACAGUUUUGCAAGCUGCUCCACAGACAUCAGCGAAGUGGAGAAAACGGCUCUGAUCCCCAACGUGAUGCAGUCAAGACACCCUCGUGCUCCUCCUCCUCUAGAUCUGAGCCAGAUCACCUCCUUAAACACAAAGGCGUCUGAAAAGUUGAAGCAGCAUGCCAUCAUCAAGGAGGGUCUCUAUGAUUUUGUCCAGUACAAACCAGAGGGCAGUGCCCGAUCUCAAGGGGAGGAGAACCAAAGCUUUGAUAUGAGCAGCGAAAGCGUAACAGGCUCUCCAAAAAGACAUGCCAAGGGCCUCCAAGUCAAUUUCAGUCUGGAGUCUGGAGAUGAUGCAUCAUCCAGCUUGCAUCUGGUGGUCACAGAUGACAUGGGACAACUAACACCACAUUCUAGGCAAAGUCCCAAAACCCCAGGAAGAGGUUCUGAAGGAGAUGGAGCAAUGAGUUCUCCUGUUUUUACUCCAUCCUCCAGUGAGAGCCAAAGAGGGAAGAAUCACAUUGACAAGCCGAUGGUUUCUCCUGCUUCACCUAAAAUUGUGCUGAAUUGCUCCCCUGGCAUGGAGGACACUUCAGACAGCAGUCAAAGUGAACAGAAGGUCAUCAAUCACCUCCUCUCACCAGACAUUCUCAAAUCGACCGGGGAUGGGAAUGUCUCGCCACCAUGCGAAUCCAGCAUGUGAUGUUAACUGGGCCCUUUAGAUACCUAUGGACUGACUAUAAAACAAGUCAUUAAUAGGGAAGAGGUAACUGGACUCUCUGGGGUAGCAGGACUGGACGAGGCACACGGACUCUCCGAUAUUGCAAAGAGACCGUUCUUUAGCUUUGCAUGACCGGAUAUAUUCACUUAUGGCUGAUGGAACUGCAUUCCCACAGAGGAAGAUACUUAUACCAUGAUACCGUAAUGACCUGGUGUGCAGGAAGGACAAUGAUGAGAAUCGUCCUGUCUUAUUUUAAUAUGUUGAUCGCAGUUCUUGAUUUGGAUCAGUGAGUCUGAGAACUGUACUGUUGUACUCCAGAUCUUCUCCUGAUCUACAGAAGUACGAUUGAGCAGAAUUACUGCCGAGCCUGACAUGCUGACAAGUCUCCACCUAAUUAAUAAUCACAUAUGGCUCCAAUUUUGUUUUCCAAUUUUGGGUUGACUAUGUAGCCUAUUCACUGAUAGUGAAAGUAAAACCAGUGUAUGCAAAUUAGUUCAUAGGACUUGAAUAUGAUGAUGCAUUAAAUUGUUCUCAAAAAUGCCUUCAUGAGGUGAUCUCCUCCUGAUUGCUAAGCUUACGUGUCAGUAUUUUGAGAGUCGCUCUAACUACCCUCUCGUUCAAAUAAGGCACAAUAUACAAGACCAAAAAAGAACAGAAGCAAGAUAUAUACAAAAUAUUCAGCUACCUACAUUAGCAUGCUAGUCUUCAUCUGUUCAGCGCAUUUAUUCAGUGGAAACAAUGCAUGCACGCAUUAUACCAGUUGUCCAGCACAUUUUUAACACUGUGGACAAAACUUGCUGUAAGAUGUCUUGCCUUUUAUAAAACAUCUGUGUCACUUAUAUAGUGAUGGACACAACAGCGCCUCCUGCUGGAUAAACAAAAACAGCACUUUAUAUUAAUGGUAAAUGCCAUUAGCACAGAACUUGGCUUCUCCAUAAUCACCAGAGAUAAAUAUAUGAAUGACCAACACGUAAGGGUUGGUCUUUAUUUUACCUGUAAAUACUUGACCUGGUAGUUUGCGAAAAACAUUACAGAUCACAAGGAUUAUUCUCUCUCCUAACAAGUGAUUUUUUUUAAAAAAAGACCAUUUUAGCAGGACAAAUAAUUCCUGCUCUGAGUAUUUAUGAAGAAUUAUGCGUGCCUUGUCAUAAAUAUUUAUGAGAAGGCGUUACGGUAUUUGGCUUUCUUCGUAUCAGUCUGUACAGAAAAAAAAAGUCUAAUUUUUAUAGAGUAAAAUAUGCAAGUACAAUUGAGUUCUCAGGUUUUGUAUAACUUGAAAAAGCACUAAUGUCAUGGUUUCUUUCCUCAUUAGACACUUGCGGCUCUCUGUCUCACGUAUUCAUUGCAUCGAUGGAGGAAAUGCAGACGCUCCACUUCAUAAUCAUGUGUUAGUUCUCGUAUUUACAAUGCAAGAGUCAUUCUAUGUGGAUGAAAAUUUCCCGUAAUGGAUAUUUAACCUGCACAAUGUAAAGUGUACAUGACAAACUGAACGCUGUCUUUUCUGCAUUUACUCUCAUGUUGAUGUUUUUUUGUUUUGUUUUGUUUUUUCCUUCCCUGAAGCGCAGUUUGUAGAUUUGUGGCGGUGCAACUGUAGUUAAUAUUUAUUGUAAAAUUAACUUUAAAGAUAGUGACUGGAUCGUUUCAAACA